AGAAAUACUUCGAAUGCACACUUGUUAUAUUACCUUACUUAGGUAAUGGGCAUGAGAAUGCUGGGUAGCUUUCACAGCCGUACCGUCCAAAAACUACCGCCUGAAGCUGCGGUAGCAGAUGCCUGCUCUCCUCGAUCGAACGGUCUGCGGGAUGUGGCCCCCGAGAGUCAGCUGGCCUGAUAUUUCUCGCUGCAGUGGUUCAUCGGUCCUGCGUGGCUGAUAGUGCUGCGAUGUCAGUGGGCUUCAUGAGAAUACCCACACUAGAGGUUUGGAGUGAAGAAUGCGGCCUCAGGUCCACAUGCAAUCCAAUGCCGAUGCUUCAUACCAGCCAGGUAUUACAUGUGGCUAUUGCGGCUCACCAGAUUCGGGCGAUCAUCACAGAGAAAGUACAGUCGACUCUCAGCCGCCCUACACGACGAUUGACAGGCUCUCAGCCUCUCCUGAUGCCGAUGGAUGUGCUAGUCUUGCUCACUUUGCGAUGGAGGCGCACUGAUAGAUGCCAUAGGAAGUCAUGUUUCGCGCUUGAUGGACUCGAGUCCCAGUGGGCAAUGCAUAGCGCGAUCUUUCGCCCAAGGCACUCUGGAUACGUUCCCUCGCAGUCCGGGCACUCAGUGCAAAUUUCAUAUCUUGAAGCGCAGAAGGCACGUGCAUAAUUUUGCCACUGAGCGAAAGAGGUAGAGGAGGCUUUAAUUACGUUCGCUUCCAGUAGCAGGACAACGUCCACGCCUUGGACAACAACGUCGUAUCGCACUGGGAAAACCCCGAAAGCGCGGCGGAGAUGAUGAAAAGAGUCGCCAUGAACAGUAAAGAGUCGGAGGACGAAACCCAUAGAAUUAAAAGAUACCUUGAGGUGACCAUAAC